ACUAAUAAAGACAUAAUGUUAUUACUUGCAGUUGCAGAACAAAUAGUGUCAAACAUUUGGGUAGCGUUGACCGAUGAAUUGACCUUUGCGGUUUCAUGCAUAUAAUAAGAAGACAUUGUUUUCUUUGGUCUUAAUUUUCUAUCAAUCGUUACUGUAUUGUCCUGUUAACUGUUGUGUUGAGUAGUCCUGAAACAAUAACAUGAUGCUUCGAUUCCUAGUGCUGUUUCUUACGUUGGCAAGUUGUAGGGAGAGUUACAAAAUGGCGAAAGCAGAGUAUAACUAUACGGUAGAUUCAGCGAGAGCGUCUUUGGUUAGACAAGAAGACACCAUCAUAUUUGGUUUGAUCGAGAGAGCAAGGUUCCCCUUAAAUUCUCCAACCUACAAUCAAAGUUACACUUCCAUUCCCCAAUUUCGUGGCACAUUGCUCGAUUUUCUCGUUCGCCACACCGAGGCCAUUCAAGCUAAGGCAGGAAGGUACAUUAACCCUGAAGAAAAUCCUUUCUUCCCAGAAAAUUUACCACCUUCGGUUGUGCCACGUUACCCCUUCUCACAGUUUUUGCAUCCUGCAGCCGCUCUGAUCAACAUAAACAAUGCCAUAUGGAAACUGUACUUUGAUGAGCUGCUUCCAAUGUUUGUUGCUUCUGGUGAUGAUGGUAACUAUGCGCAAACUGCUGCUACUGAUCUUUCAUUGUUGCAGGCCAUCUCUAGAAGGAUUCAUUACGGAAAGUUUGUUGGUGAGGCUAAAUUCAGAGAAUCUCCUCAAGGCUAUGAGCCUUUAAUUCGUGCUAAGGACAAAGGAGCAUUGAUGAAAUUGUUAACAUAUGAGAGCGUUGAAGAGAUGGUGGUGAAGAGGGUUAAAAAGAAGGCCAUGGUGUUUGGGCAGGAAGUGAGCCUUGAUCGUGAUGUCAAGGGAAUAACAUACAAGGUUGAUCCAUCAGUAGUUUCUCUCUUGUACCAGAAAUGGUUAAUACCCCUCACAAAAAAUGUUGAAGUCGAGUACUUACUAAACCGCUUAGACUGAAGCCAUUUCAAUGCAAUCAAUCUUAAGAAAUGAAUAUGGUGUCAUUGUUUAAUUUAAAAGAUCAGUUUCUUAUGUGGUUGUUUAUUGCUGGUUUCUUAUGGAUGUGAGUUCAGAUAAUAAUAUUAUAUAACUUUUUAGAAAGCUUUA